AUGACUUUGAUGAACGCUAUGUCUUCCCUCGGCAACGUUGGCUCAAUGAACUCUAUUUCAAAGAGCUCAGUUGGUAGUGGAUUGGGUGCUGGUGCUGGACAAGGUGCCAAUUCUGUGGCUUGUGGAGGUUGUGGAGGAAGUGGAAUUGGUGUCAAUGCCAAUGUCAAUGUCAAUCUGGGAGGUGUAGGAUGUCUGGUCGGAGGAGUACUUGGCACUGUCAAUGGAAUUGUUGGUGGUCUCCUCGGUGGUCUCCUGGGAGGUGGUUGUGGAUGCUAA